GCGUUUAUCCCCGCCGCGCUCCCCCUGUGCCCGCCUUUGUUCGCAUCACAACAAUCCCCGAACAGAUGGUGCUCUGCUUGGGAAUCGAGUGACAGCCACCGGCCGGCAACCAAUCGCUUGCUCGGGAAUCAGCUGACUCGCCCGGACAGCGCCAGGUGCUGUCAUCAUAUUUUGCUUGGCGACGCAGCGCGGGCUCCACAGUAACACGGAGACUCGGUGGACGGGAGCCAGUCAGCGGAUUCCCGUUGCAAGGAAGGAUCCACGCACACCCGACCAUGCGCUCGGCGGACGGUAAAAAUUCGCGGUGUGGAUGUAACGAGAUGAUGCCUCUGUGAAGCAGUUUGUCGCGCGGAACUUACGAACGACGUGAUGGUGUUGAUUGUCUAUGGAUUUUCGUUCAUCGCUCAAUCUUCUGUUCACAAGGACAUAUAUGCUGUAUGUAGAUAUAGUAAGUGCAUGAAGCAGUCAGCGCUCAGGAAGGACUUCGGUACCAUUCGAAACGUGUAGAUCGGAAAGCCAAAGAGGCCAACUCUCCAGUCCAGGAUUCAUGCUGUUAGGAAGUUUCAAACCUAUAUGAGCCCACGGGAACUACACCUUCCUAAAUCUUCCGGAAGCUCUUUGACUUUGCUGUUCAAGCUUUCAGAGGGAUAAAAGGGCUAUUCUGCAACACAUCUAUUGAAUGAGAAUCUCACCUCCUCAUCUCUUUGGCGCUAUAAGUAUUCCAGCUCUGAUCUGAGGGAUAAACACUUACAGUCAGAAUGGCAAGAGGGACUUUCUUUUUGGUAGUGCAGGGGCAGAUUUGUUUCAUCUUGCUUCUGGCUGUACUUGGCCUCUCUUCGGUUCAUGGUACAGAAUGUCCGCAGCUUUGUGUGUGCGAGAUCCGGCCUUGGUUCACACCCCAGUCCACCUACAGAGAAGCAACUACUGUUGAUUGCAAUGAUCUUCACCUUACACGAAUCCCUGGGAAUCUGUCAGCCGACACACAGGUGUUGCUUCUGCAGAGUAACUACAUUGCCAGAACUAGCGAGGAACUGGAGCAGUUACUGAAUCUUACAGAACUCGAUCUGUCCCAGAACAAUUUCAGCAACAUUCGUGACAUCGGCCUGACCAACAUGUCGCAACUCACGACUCUCCACCUGGAGGAGAACCAAAUAGUUGAGAUGCCUGACUUCAGUUUGCAGGACCUCACCAAUCUACAGGAGCUGUACAUUAAUCACAAUCAGAUCAGCUCCAUUGCACCCAACGCCUUCGCUGGAUUGCGUAACCUUCUUAGACUCCAUUUGAACUCCAACAGACUCAAGGCCAUCGACAGUCGUUGGUUUGAAUCAACUCCCAACCUGGAGAUCCUUAUGAUUGGGGAAAAUCCUGUUGUUGGGAUUCUUGAUUUGAACUUCAAACCUCUUACCAACUUGAGAAGCCUUGUCCUGGCAGGAAUGGAGCUCACUGACAUCCCAGGCAAUGCAUUUGUUGGACUGGACAACCUAGAGAGUCUCUCCUUCUAUGACAAUAAACUAGUUCGGGUUCCCCAGACUGCUCUGCAGAAGCUUCCAAACUUAAAAUUCCUGGAUUUGAACAAGAACCCGAUACAUAAAAUUCAAGAGGGGGACUUUAAGAACAUGCUCAGGCUGAAAGAACUUGGCAUUAACAACAUGGGAGAACUUGUAUCCAUUGAUCGAUUCGCAUUGGAUAACCUCCCUGAGUUGACCAAACUGGAAGCCACAAACAAUCCUAAGUUUUCCUACGUGAGCCGUUUAGCGUUCCGCGACUUGCCGGCACUAGAGAGCCUAAUGCUCAAUAAUAAUGCUCUAAACUCUCUCUACCAGGCAACGGCUGAUUCUCUGCCCAACCUGAGAGAGAUCAGCAUCCACAGCAACCCGCUCCGUUGCGACUGUGUAAUCCAGUGGAUGAGCUCCAACAAGACAACCAUUCGAUUUAUGGAGCCUCUUUCCAUGUUCUGCACCAUGCCGCUUGAGGUUAGAGGUCAGCGCUUGAGAGAUGUGUUUUCUCGUGAACCUUCAGGCCAGUGUCUCCCAAUGAUCUCCCAUGACACUUUCCCCAAUCACCUCAACCUGGACAUCGGGAUGACGGUAGAUCUUGACUGUCGUGCAAUGGCUGAACCCGAACCGGAAAUAUACUGGGUGACACCAUCUGGUAACAAAGUCAUGAUGGAUACAGUGUCUGAUAAGUACCAACUUAACAGUGCAGGAACUCUGCGUAUAUCCUACAUUCAGGUGGACGACUCUGGGCACUACACCUGUGUGGCGCAGAAUACAGAAGGAGCAGACACUCGGGUGACCGCCAUUCGAGUAAACGGGACUCUUCUGGAUAGCACGCAGCUGAUGAAGAUCUAUGUCAAACAUACAGAGUCCCAUUCAAUUUUAGUGUCCUGGAAAGUAAACUCCAACGUCAUGACGUCCAAUCUGAAGUGGUCAUCGGCUACUAUGAAAAUCGACAACCCUCACAUUACCUAUACUGCUAAAGUUCCUGUAGAUGUUCAUGAGUACAAUCUCACACACCUCCAGCCGGCAACUGAGUAUGAGGUGUGCCUUUCCGUUUCCAAUAUCCACCAACAGACUCAAAAGUCCUGCGUCAACGUCACAACCAAGCACGCCACGUUUGCGGUGGAGAUCUCGGAGCAAGGCACCAAUACGGCUCUGGCGGCUGUCAUGGGCACCAUUCUGGCCAUCAUCAGCCUGGGCUCCAUCACGUUGUACAUUGCAAAGAGAUGGAAAAGGAAGAACUACCAUCACUCCCUGAAGAAGUACAUGCAGAAAACCUCCUCCAUCCCUCUAAAUGAACUGUAUCCUCCCCUCAUUAACUUAUGGGAGGCAGACAGUGAAAAGGACAAGGACGGAUCUUCAGACAAUAAGCAGACACAGGUGGACACAACAAGAAGUUACUACAUGUGGUGAAGCCUGCCAGACUUUUCCUCUCCUUUAGAGCACAAAGACACACCUUGGCUUAUUUGUGCGCGAGAAAGACAUCGAUUUCGUUUUUUUUUUCUGCUUUGCUUACCGCAAGCAAAUAUUCAGACUGAAAUCUCUGACUUUUUAGUAGAGUGUAUUGCCUUUUCUUCUUCUUUGACUUUCAAUAUGGCAGCUUUGUUUAGCUUCCGAGACAUGUUAGUAGCUGUGCUUUUUCUUUUUUGUUUAUUCUAUUUUGAUAGCACAGCGUAGAUAAAUGUCAAGGAUUGACUUUGGGUCGAUGGAUGCUGUACAGCACUCUAUCUGAUCCAAUAAAUUAAUACGUCUUUGGCAGUAUUCAUAGAGAAUGCAUUGUUUCUUUCUCUCUUUCGUAAGACAGUUUAACUGUUGUGCACUGAAAUAUAUUAACAAAUUUGUCUUUGGACUCCAGUGUAAGCUGACAAGUUGAGUUUAGACUUGAUACACUGUCUAUUGAAAAACGUUAGCGAUUGUUCUGUAAUGUUGUAUCAACUAUAAUUUGAACUAUUUGGAUUUUUCUCAAAAGUCAAUUUUUGAUUUAGAAGGUAUCUUCGCAGAUUAAAGAAUUGUAAACCAGCAAUAGAAACGUGAAUGUUUAAUAAUUAGGUAGUAGAAAAAAUGCUUUCUUUUUAUUCAGAUUCUUCUUCUUUUUUUAAUUGGCUAAAAUCUGUUGAUCACUUAAUUUUGUUGUAAUUUACACUUGCGAAAUAUGUUGCAUAUUACAGUGCAAACAAAAAUAAAAUACUGUUUUGUUCAGA